GGCAAUUGCACCCAUCCUAUUCAAGUAUUCCCCUUCUCUCCUAGCCAUAACUAGCAAUCCUAGAGAGAACCUACAAAGUUCCCAUACUUCAAAAAUUAAAGAAGUUUGAAAACGAUGGGAAAGUUUGGUUUCUAUGAGGCAUUACUCUUCACUCUUGCCAUGGUUUUAGCCAGCAGCAUUGGCUCCGCCCAGGCUCAAUUGAAGAUGGGUUUCUACUCCAAGAGCUGCCCAAAAGCAGAGAAGAUAGUUCAGGACUAUGUCAAUAAGCACAUCCCCAGUGUUCCUUCUCUGGCUGCUACUUUCAUCAGGAUGCACUUCCAUGACUGCUUCGUCAGGGGUUGUGAUGCCUCGGUCCUUCUGAACACGACUUCAGGGGAGCAAACUGAGAGGCAGUCCCCGCCGAAUCUUUCCCUCCGAGGGUUCGACUUCAUCGACAGGGUGAAGAGCCUGGUGGAAGCUGCGUGCCCUGGAGUUGUGUCAUGUGCUGAUGUCCUCACUUUGGUCGCCAGGGACUCCAUUGUUGCCACUGGAGGUCCUUCAUGGAAAGUACCCACUGGUCGAAGAGACGGCUUGAUUUCUAGAUCAUCAGAGGCACUGAACAACCUUCCUCCUCCAUUCGGCAACAUUACCACUCUCAGAACUAUGUUCGCCAACAAAGGGCUGGAUUUGACAGACCUCGUACUGCUUUCAGGUGCGCACACCAUUGGCCUCGCUCAUUGCUCUUCCUUCACCAACCGUCUCUACAACUUCACCGGCAGGGGAGACGUGGAUCCAGCUCUGGACAGCAGCUACGCGGCCAAUCUUAAGGCGAGGAAGUGCCGAAGCAUCGGCGACACCACGACGAAAGUGGAGAUGGACCCUGGAAGCAGGAACAAGUUCGACCUAGGCUACUACAGCCUCCUGUUGAAGAAGAGAGGGCUGUUCGAGUCGGAUGCCGCCCUGACUUCCAACUCUGCUUCAUUGCGAGAGGUCAAUAAGAUUGGCAAGGGCUCUGUUCGGGAUUACUUUGCUAGGUUUGCCAAGUCCAUGGAGAAAAUGGGCCGCAUUGGUGUCAAAACUGGCUCCGUUGGUGAAAUCAGGAAGCAAUGUGGUCUUAUCAAUAGCUAAAGCGUCUUUUUUUUUUUUCGAAAAAAUUGUUGUCGUUGUUGUUGGGUUGUUAAUUUAUGAUGUGCUGAAGAGUGGUGGUGGGUUUUGCCGUCUUUGUGAAUUUUUAUUCAAUUAUUAGUGUUGUAAUAAUGGAUGGAUGGAUGGAUGGUUGGUUCCUUUGGUAUGGGAGGAUAGAUUUGUGAACACUUCCAAGGAAUAAUACGACUUUUGUUAU